UGGGGCUGGCCGGGGCGGCCUGCGCCCUCCUGGGGGUCUGCCUGCUGCUGGUGGGGCCCGUCAUCAUCAAGGAGCAGGUUGUCAAGAAUGUCAGGAUUGACCCCACCAGCAUCUCCUUCAGCAUGUGGAAAGACAUUCCUGUUCCUUUCUACAUGUCGGUGUACCUCUUUGAAGUGCUGAACCCCAAGGAGGCCCUCCAGGGAGCAAAGCCAGUGCUGAACCAGCGUGGACCCUACGUUUACAGAGAGUACAGGUAUAAAACAAAUAUCACAUUCCAUGACAACGACACCGUCUCCUUCCUGGAGUAUCGGCAACUCUUCUUCCAGCCUGACAUGUCCAACGGCAGCGAAGAAGAGUACAUUGUUGUGCCAAACAUGUUGAUGAUGGGAGCUGCUGUAAUGAUGGAAAACCUGCCAAACUUUGUGAAGCUUUUACUGAGUGGAGCCCUGGCUGGCCUGAAACAGGAGGCCUUCAUGAACCGGACCGUGGGGGAGAUCCUGUGGGGGUAUGAUGACCCUCUUAUAGACACAAUAAAUACACUUGUUCCUGGCCUGAUGCCUUUCAAGGGAAAAUUUGGCUUAUUUAUGCAGCUUAACAACACCAAUUCGGGACUGUUUACAGUAUACACAGGCAUGAAGAACAUCAGUAGAGUUCACAUGGUGGAUUCAUGGAACGGCCUGAAGAAGGUGAACUACUGGCGGAGUAACGAGUGCAACAUGAUCAAUGGGACUUCGGGGGAGAUGUGGCCACCGUUCAUGUCCCCAACAUCACUGGAGUUCUACAGCCCUGACGCCUGCAGAUCCUUGACACUGGUGUACGAGCAGUCUGGGAAGUUCGAGGGUGUGCCCACCUAUCGCUUCGUGGCACCAAAAACUCUCUUUGCCAACGGCACGGACUAUCCACCCAAUGAAGGUUUCUGCCCCUGCAUGCAGUCCGGCAUCCAGAACGUCAGCACCUGUAGGCUAAAAGCACCGAUGUUCAUUUCCCAUCCUCACUUCUACAAUGCUGACCCAGCCCUGGUGAAUGCUGUAGAAGGUCUGCACCCCAGCAAGGACCAGCACGCGCUCUUCCUGGACGUGCACCCGAUGACUGGCAUCCCCAUGAAUUGCUCCAUCAAGCUCCAGCUGAACCAGUACAUAAAGCAUGUGUCUGGUAUAAUUCAAACAGGGAAGAUUAAGCCAGUGGUCCUGCCGCUGCUGUGGUUUGCAGAGAGUGGAUCCAUCGAAGGCUCAGUCCUAAAGCAGUUUUACACCAACCUGGUGCUGAUCCCGUCCCUGUUGGACUACCUGCAGUACAUCUUCAUUGGGCUGAGCAUCCCGCUCAUUAUCUCAGCAGCUGUACUCAUGGCGAGGAGUCAGGGAACCGCCGCCAAGAAGAGCCCACGCCAUCCCACCACGCAGAGCAAACCACCCCCCUCCUCCGAGACCACGCCGCUUCUCCACGAUGCUGGCACGCUGAGCCAGGACGACGCCGAAGCCUGAGCCGCUGGCCCCGGCGCGCUUCCCACUGGGACAUGUCUGUGCUGGGGAUGAGACCUGCUUUGGAUCCCAUCCCCAGAUCACCCUCUGGAAGGUGAAGUUGUCCUGGGCAACUCCAGCGGAGGCCCUGCACGCCACAGCAAAGCCACGGGACAGCACUGCACCAGCCAUCCCGUGCCCGGGCACAGGAGACCUCAUCCAGCCACCCAAAACACAGUGUUCAAGAGCCCUCCUCCCCAAGGGGCUGGUGUUGGCCACAGCCCCUGUCUCCCCCCAUGGGCCAGCAGGAAUGAAGAUGGUCACGGGCUGAUCUGAGAGGUUAUUUUGCAAUUUAAAACUUGCCUAUCGCUAGGAAUAAAAGGCACUUUAAUGGGAGCCUUUAAAAUAAAUGAGGUUUGUAUAUGUA